GCCAUAAUUUCACUCGCUGCACCAGUUAUUGUGAUUUUCAGCAUUCGUGAUCGUAAAACUAACCAAUCGUUAGUGUUUUUCUCGUAACUGGAAAGCAUAGGCAAUGGCUGCUCGCUCUCUUCCAGAGAAGUAUGUAUGCAUUGAUGUCGAAUGCGUUGCGACUGGUCGCCGCCAUGACGCCCGGUCGGUUGCCCUGGUGGCAAUUGUCGAUCAAGACGAACGAGUCUUAUUGAAAAAUAAAGUUAAACCAAGAGAAAAGGUAAUGAGCUACCUGACACCAUUAACCGGCCUUCGUGAAGGAGACCUGGAUGAUGGAGAACCGCUAGAGAGUGUACUGGCGGAAGUGAAACGUAUUCUCAGUCCCGAAAUUGUUCUGGUUGGACAGGGCGUCAAGAAUGAUGUGCAAUGGCUGAAGUUGCGCGAGGGUGAACACUUUUCGUGUACAGUAGACCUCGGAGAGCUUUUCAAGGCCUACAACCAUCGUUUUUCAAACUACAACUACUUUUCACUGAGCCACGAAGCCAACACUCUUCUGUACCAAGGUUUUAUUUCUGACGAGCACGAUCCGGUCACAGACGCAAAGGCUAGCGUUCAACUGUUUAAAAAAUUUUACGCCGACAGUGCACGGCUGGAGGAAGCUAAGAAGAAACUGCUACGAAAUCGUCCUCCUCCAUCGUGGGUAAAGAAGAAUAACUACCGCUGGGAAGGAGUUUGCAUGGCGGCCUACUUUCCAGAAAAGUGCUUCUGUGGUGCUCCAACAAAAAAGACUUAAAACGACUCACCGUCAAAGUGCUAUAUAUAAAAGUAAAAGUACUUUAGUAUCCUUACUAUAGUACUAUAGAGCUAUCGUAUCUAGCUAUGGUAGCUUAUCUAUAGACUUUGUUUUAGUGCUAGGUAAGUAGUGUAUCUAUUUGUGCAGUUCGCUCAUGGCGAC